AUAUUCUAAGGUUACGUGACAAACGAUUGCCACCACCUAUUUUUGUUUGGGAGCCUAUACCUGAGAGCACUUCAAAGGAAAAUAUUCAUUCAUGUAUUGAAGCAAUGAAAAUGGUAGAUGUUGUGUCACCUAAUCACGAAGAAGCGGCUGCAUUAUUGGGUUUAAUCGCUGAAGAUGAAGAAGAUGAAAAAUUUUUAGCAGAAGAAAUGUUAAUAUGCAUGGCGGAUAAAUUCUUAAAAUAUCAGAUUGGCCCACAUGGGAAUGGGUGUGUAGUUAUUCGAGCAUCUUACAAAGGUUGUUUGGUGGCAACAAAAGAAAGGAAAGAAAUAAUACCAGCAUAUUGGACAGCAUUAAAAGAUGGGAAUAGAAAUCCACAUGUUGUAGAUGUAACCGGUGCUGGAAAUGCAUUUUGUGGUGGUUUUAUGGUCGGUUUAUUAAGGUCAAAUUUUGAUGUAUUUGAAGCUGCACUUUAUGGGUCAGUAAGCGCAUCAUUUACUGUAGAGCAACUUGGUACUCCUCGACUUGGCUUUGAUGAACGAGGUAAUGAAAUAUGGAAUUCAGGCGAUAGUCCGUCG